AUUACUUUGUCAUUGUUCUCUGCGUUCUUCUUUGUCGGUUGUCGUUUCAAUUUAAAGCUCUGUUUUCCGUGUUUUGAUGAUUUUUAUGUCGUUUUCAGGUCGUUUUGACCGCCGUGGAGGACUUCGAAUUUGAAGUGUUCUUUACGCUCCCGUGUGUGUUGGUUUUACAGUCAUAAUAUUUAGAUAUAACGGACAAUGGUAGCUAAAAUCCGGCAAAGUGCUACCGACUCACCCAACGCAACAAAGCCAGAGGUUGGAGAGAUUGACACCAGUCCUCCUUUUCAAUCUGUUAAAGAUGCUGUCUCUUUAUUUGGUGAAGGUGCUUUCUCUGGUGAAAAACCUUUCAUUAAGAAGGCAAAACCCUAUUCUGCUGAGCGUGUUUUGGCAAAGGAGACACAACUUCAUAUAGCCCAGAAAGAGUUGAACAAACUAAAGGAACAAGUAAAUAAUGCUGAAACUACUAAGGCUCAAGCUCUUGUUGAGCUUGAAAGGGCUAAAAGGACAGUUGAGGAACUGACACAAAAGCUAAAAGUUGUCGAUGAAUCCAGGGAACUAGCGAUCAUGGCAACAGACACUGCAAAGGAUCAUGCGAAACAGCUUAAAGAAGUAAAGUAUGGUAACUCUGAUGGAACAAAUGGUGCUUGGAAAGAAGAGCUUGAAGCUGCAGUUAAGAGGCAUGCAUCCAUCAUUACAGAACUCAAUGCUGCAAAGCUAGAACUCAGCAAGAUUCGUCAAGAAUAUGAUUCUUCCUCGGAUGCAAGAGAGUCUGCUUUCAAGCAAGUAGCAGAAGCAGAAAAUGCGAUGAAGGAAAACUCAGAAAGAGCAUCUGAGCUGUCUAAAGAAAUUACUGCUGUAAAGGAAUCAAUUGAACAAACCAAGCAUGCAUCUAUUGAAGCACAUCAGCAGCAAGCAAUGGUGCUAGCUGAGAAAGAUGUUCUAAGACGAUCAUAUAAAGCCACCCUUGAACAAUCCGAAAAGAAAGUGCUUGAUUUAAAGAAAGAGUUCAAUCCUGAGCUUGCCAAAAAUCUUGAAGCACAGCUGGUGGAGACAUUGAGUGAAAUUGGUGCUCUGCAAAAGGAAAUGGAAAAUAAAAGGAUGCAGGAUUUGGACUCCGUGAAAAGUGUCACUCUGGAACUUGAUGACGCCAAGGAGUCACUGCAUAAGGUAGCAGAUGAGGAAAGCUCUCUUAGGAGCUUGGUGGAAGCUCUUAAGGUGGAACUUGAGAAUGUAAAGAAGGAACAUUUGGAAUUGAAGGAGAAAGAGUCUGAAACUGAAUCUGUUGUCGGGAAUCUGCAUGUCAAGCUUCGUAAAAGUAAGUCUGAGCUUGAAGCCUGCUUGGCAGAAGAAUCUAAAGUUAGAGGUGCAUCUGAGGAAAUGAUCUCAACACUGAACCAGCUGCAAUCUGAAGCUGAAAAUGCACGGCGGGAAGCAGAAGACAUGAAGAACAAAGCCACAGAAUUGAUGAAGGAGGCUGAAGUUACCAAGCUUGCAUUAGAAGAUGCAGAGGAAAAGCUCAAAGUUGCACUGGAAGAUGCAGAAGCAGCAAAAGCAGCAGAGGCGAGUGCCCUUGACCAGAUUACGGUGUUAACUGAAAGGACAAGUGCUGCGCGCGCCUUAACAUCCGAUUCUGGUGCUAAAAUUACAAUCUCAAGAGAGGAAUUCGAGUCGCUAAGUCGUAAAGUUGAGGAAUCUGAUAAAUUAGCAGACAUGAAAGUAGCUGCUGCCCAGGCACAGGUUGAGGCUGUGAAGGCAAGUGAAAAUGAAGCUAUCAAAAGAUUAGAGACAGCUCAAAAGGAGAUCGAGGAUAUGAAGACGGCAACACAGGAGGCUUUGAAAAAGGCCGAGAUGGCUGAAGCAGCAAAGAAGGCAGUGGAGAGCGAGCUUCGGAGGUGGCGUGAGCGGGAGCAGAAGAAGGCAGCAGAAGCCGCUUCUCGAAUAUUGGCCGAAACUCAGGUGUCAUCGGAAUCAUCUCCUCAGCACUACAGGAUUCAAAAGCAGAACCCUCCUCCUCACAAAAUGGAGGCGAAGAAGCUCGAGAAAGAGAAGGUCUCAGUUUCAAAGAAAGUCCUUGUGCCUACCAUUAGCGGUAUCUUCCACAGGAAGAAAAACCAGGUUGAAGGUGGAUCUCCUUUUUUGCCUGGUGAGAAUCUUGCAUGAAAUUUGAGAUUUGUUGUGUAGUUUGUGCAGCUCUUGAAUGUGAGGGAAACAAAAAAUGAUCUGUGUGUAGUAGUUGAAAAAUGAAUGGAUUAUGGGAAGUGUUAAUAGUGUAAAUUGAACCAAGUAGAUUAUGUAAUCUAUUGUAUUACUAUGUUGCUUAUGUUGAGGUUUCAUGUUUGGUGGUAGCAACCCUUCCACGGGAAGCAAUAUCAUUUAAAUAUGCAUGCAUACUUUGGAAACUUGUAAAGCACAGUGUGACUUAACACCACAUUUGGCUUAGUAUAUAAUCUUUGUUAGAUAAAUCCAUAAAUGCUUGGAAAAUAUCUGUUACAGCCACAUUUUCCUUGACAGAGAUGGUAUAACCAUAAUGUAUGUUUGUAGUUUGUAGAUAUCAAAUGGUGAGUGUAUCUUUAUAUCGUGAAUCUUUUCAUUCUUCUUUUAUUUUUA